GGCGGUGUUAGGAGAGAGGCUCACUUCCACCCGCGGGGUAGCUGCGGUUGCAGCGGUGUUUCAGGCCGCUGGGCCGGGGUCCUGAGGGACAGACGGACGGGCGGGCGGGCGGCCUGGAGCCAUGGACCACGGCCCGGGGGCCUGCGGGCGCGGGCAGCGGGUUCCCCACUGCACCACAUGGAGCCCUGUGGCUGCCAGGCUCCUGGGGACUGGCGUUGGACCGCGAUGGGGCCGGGCCGCGGCUUCCUAACGGGGCUGAGGUGUGCGGCCCACGAGCCUUGGAGCAUCCCAGCCCCCCCACCCCUAGCCCUGCGCGGGCCCGGCGCCCGCCAUGAACGGCCUGUCGGUGAGUGAGCUCUGCUGCCUCUUUUGCUGCCCGCCCUGCCCUGGCCGCAUCGCCGCCAAGCUCGCCUUCCUGCCUCCCGAGUCAACCUAUUCGCUGGUACCCGAACCUGAGCCAGGAUCUGGCGGGGCCGGCGCCGCCCCCUCGGGACCCCCGCGGACCUCAGCGGCCACCCCAGGGCGCUGGAAGAUCCAUCUGACAGAACGCGCUGACUUCCAGUACGGUCAGCGCGAGCUGGACACCAUCGAAGUCUUCUUGACCAAGAGCGCACGCGGUAACCGCAUUGCUUGCAUGUAUGUGCGCUGCGUGCCCGGGGCCAGGUACACGGUGCUCUUCUCACACGGUAAUGCGGUGGACCUGGGCCAGAUGUGCAGCUUCUAUGUGGGCCUGGGCACACGCAUCGGCUGCAACAUCUUCUCCUAUGACUAUUCUGGCUAUGGCAUCAGCUCGGGUCGGCCCUCGGAGAAGAACCUCUACGCAGACAUUGAUGCAGCCUGGCAGGCCCUGCGUACCAGGUAUGGCAUCAGCCCGGACAGCAUCAUCCUGUAUGGCCAGAGCAUCGGCACGGUGCCCACGGUGGAUCUGGCCUCACGCUACGAGUGCGCAGCCGUGGUCCUGCACUCGCCACUCACCUCGGGCAUGCGCGUGGCCUUCCCAGAUACCAAGAAAACCUACUGCUUUGAUGCUUUCCCCAACAUUGAGAAGGUGUCCAAGAUCUCGUCUCCGGUACUCAUCAUCCACGGCACGGAAGACGAGGUGAUCGACUUCUCCCACGGGCUGGCGCUGUACGAGCGCUGUCCAAAGGCCGUGGAGCCACUGUGGGUGGAGGGCGCCGGGCACAACGACAUUGAACUGUACAGCCAGUACCUGGAGCGCCUGCGCCACUUCAUCUCCCAGGAGCUGCCCAGCCAGCGCGCUUAGGCCUGAACCUCAGCGGGGGCUGCAUGUGACCCCGAGCCAGGACCCUCCCAGCUGGACCGACCAGGCUGCAGUGACCCCUCUCCUCCUCGGGGAAGCCAAGAGAAGGAAAGAGAGGGAACGCAUUAAAGGUUUAAGAUUUUAGUUAC